GAGUGGGCGUGAAAGACGCGAUAGGACGAGGUCAAAUUAGCUGGGAGAGUUUGGAAAGCUUGAAGCUGUCAUCAGGAGAUAUAACCAGGUUAACAGAAGUCGUAUGUGACCGUAGAGUUUAUGUUGCCGAUUUCAAGGUCUCGAUUCGGAUAUAAAAGUGGCGUCGCAGGGGUUUGGGUCCCGUCGUUUGUGGCGCAAUCGGUGGUAUGCCAGCUUGCUAGCUAAUGCUAACGACACAUAGCGUGUUCGCACAAGGAUCCACGGGCAGAGUUGCUACCGGAUUAAAGCGAUGACUGUUACUAGCUAAAACGUGUCUUUAAACACAUAAAGGUAACCUGUGGUGGUUGUUUGCGAGGCUUCAGCUGUGUUUAAAAAGUUAGCUCGGUAACCUUGCCUGCUGCGCCGUCCUGCCUCUGGUAUUUAUCUCUGGGACCUUGCAUCACGGUCACAGCUGUCAGUCAUGUUUCACUCCGUGCCCCGACGGCCCAUCUGCGAGAUGGGAGUGAGCACCAUGCGGCUGCAGGGCAGCAGGUCGCUCUGGCGCACAGCGGAGGAGGGCCGGGAGAGACUGCAGGGCAUCCCGUGGCUGGGCAGGAACGUGGGCCUGCUGCUCUCCUGGCUCCAGAGGGCAGGCGCGGGGGCCCACAGGGCCCCGGGUCAGAGGAAGAAGAAGGGGCUGCUGGCCAUAUUUGCCGACCACUGCGGUUUUGUGACCGGCCAAAGGCUGCGACGCGCCUGCCGGGUGGGCGAACUCUACUCCAACCUGUACUCCGAGCGGACCCGGAGGACCCUGAUUGGCAACAUUUGGCGCAGAUUUCAGGCCAGUCACGCCCCCACCGGCAAGCUGGUGGCGGCUCUGGCCGGGGUCUUCAUGUGGGAGAACGAGAAGAUUCAAGACGAGGAGAUCCGCAGAUGCGGACUCGAGCUGGAGGCCAUUGAAGCGGUGAAACGCCUGUGCACACCCUCGGGUGCCCUGGCCGGACAGCAGGAAGGUGGCUGGGAAGUGGUGAUGGAGAAGAAGGAUUUCAGAGUGUGGAAGAGGCCAAUUCCCAACAGUCACCUCUAUGAAUACAGAGUAUUGGGUUCGUACAACGACGUCACACCCAGACAGUUCUUCAAUGUACAGUUGGACACCGAGUACAGGAAAAAGUGGGACUCGCUGGUGAUCAAGCUUGAAGUGGUUGACAGAGACGCCAACACGGGCUCGGAAGUCGUCCACUGGGCGACGCACUUUCCAUAUCCAAUGUACUCAAGGGACUAUGUCUAUGUGCGGCGCUAUGAUGUUGACUUGGAAAAUAAUAUGAUGAUCUUGGUAUCCAGAGCUGUGCACCAUCCUAGAGUCCCAGAGAGUCAAGAAUAUGUGAGGGUCCACUCAUACCAGUCUAAGAUGGUCAUCCGCCCACAUAAGUCUUUUGAUGAGAAUGGGUUUGAUUACCUGCUGACCUACAGUGACGAUCCACAGACGGUUUUUCCUCGUUACUGUGUGAGCUGGAUGGUGUCAAGCGGUAUGCCAGAUUUUCUGGAGAAGCUGCACACCGCCGCCUUGCGGGCCAAGAACUUGGAGGUCGGGAUUCACGACUACACCGGCGUCAUCAAAUCCAGCGACUCCAACCGUCAGCCGAGCCAGGAGCGCCUGGGGGGAGACAACGCGCAGCCUGGCGGUCCGGGUCACAUCUACGCCUGAGACGGAUGUCGUCCAGGAGUCGACUUUGGCAUGUUUUUAACUUGCACUUGAGUGUAUUUGAAGCCCUCCAACGACACCUUUCGGGUACCGCUACAAAUUAAACUCGCAGUCUAACCUGCAGACACACACGGAUCUGUAGAUGCAGUUACACUGUCUGUGAAGGAGACAGCCAGAACACGACGGACGGCAUUGCUGAUGACGGCGGCACAGUUUUGUUCGCCAGACGAUGUCGGGUGUGUCUUUACCGCGGUUUGAUCGGUAACAUCCAGCCAAAUUACCUGUUUGUGAAGAGGCUUUUGUCAAAGCAGUGUUUCUCCAGUGUUUCUUUUCAUAACUCCAUGGAUAUUCGGUGUGGUUUGACUUGACUUUGAAGCAGGGCUUUAUCGCUGAAAUGCAACGUCUUCGCCAAAUGAGCCCACUGCCUGAUGACGAACAUCGGCUGCUGUGGGAAACGCUUUUAUAACACGUUCCUACAUUUCAAGGAUGAAGAGGUUGUUUAUUUGCAGCACAGUAGCGUUUCAUGACUGGAUGAAGAGGAUUAAAGAUCAUAUGUAAAAAAUAAAUAAUAAUAAUAAUGAACUGGGGCUUUUCUUUACAUAAAAAAAAAACAGGAGAUUGUGAUCAUCGGUGUGUCUGAGUGUUCAAAGCUGCCAGCCUUCUGAAGAUCUUCCUGUCCUUCAGCAUUAGAGGCAUAGUGUCUUACAAUAACCGUAUAAAUCCUCAUUAGCCAAGGUACUAAUGUGCUGUUAGUGAGGAAGUUGUACAGAAACACACAAAGCGGUGCCCUGCUUAGACCCUGCAACUUGAGAACCUCUCCUUUUUUUUUUUUGGUUUAAUAUUUAAAUUUUUAUUUCAGAUAUUUUUUUGCGUGUUAAUCCUUUCAGUUUGUUUUCAGUCUAAGUUAUGUGUUUUUUCCCUUUUACUGUAGAUAUAGCACAUUUAUCAUUUUUAUGUGCAAAAGGCUUCAGAAAACCUAACCUCUCAGUUUCAAUUAAUCUUUUUUUUUUUUAACGCGAGUCCUACUGAAACGCCACAGUGUUUUCCAUCGAUGCUUUCAUAAUGAGCUGUAUGCGGGGUCUAUAACGAAUGUACAAAGUGAACCACAUGCUGUGGAUUAAAACCUUGCCUAAAUAAAACUGUUUACAGCCUGUUAAACUGGCACCAACAUCGUAAAAAAAAACAACUGGUGUUUCUCAAAGCCGUCCAUCAUGUACUAAAUUUUGAUGUCACAUUUUGUGUGGUUGAUGCAUCUGAAUGACUCUUCUGUUUCAGCGUAAUGAAAAUCUGCUCCUUUUUGUGAUUAGGUCGGGUCACGACUAUGUGGUGAAGCAUGUCCUGCUUUCGAAUAAAAUUGGUAGUGUAAAAUCUGAAAAAGAAAUGCUUGUUUCAGGUAACAUCUGUCAUAGUCAAACAAAACUGUGAAGAUCAUAACCCAAUAAAAGUUGUUUGCUGUUGUUAAA